AUCACACUCGAAGUCUAGCGGCGAAACUGAGAUCAUAGAACAAAGAAGGAAGGAAACAGAUGGCAAAAACGACGUCGUUGCUGCUCUGUACACUGCUCCUCUUAGGAACCCUAGCUCUCACCCAGGCAAAGAAGUCAAAGGAGGAUUUGAAGGAAGUGACCCACAAAGUUUACUUUGAUGUUGAGAUUGAUGGAGAAGCUGCAGGUCGUGUUGUGAUUGGUCUUUUUGGGAAGACAGUUCCAAAAACUGCAGAAAACUUUCGAGCUCUGUGCACAGGGGAGAAGGGAACUGGUAAAAGUGGAAAGCCUCUUCACUACAAAGGUAGCACAUUCCAUAGAAUUAUACCUAGCUUUAUGAUCCAAGGAGGUGAUUUUACUCAUGGCAACGGGAUGGGUGGAGAAUCAAUUUAUGGAGAGAAGUUUGCUGAUGAGAAUUUCAAGUUAAAGCAUACUGGACCAGGAUUUCUAUCAAUGGCAAACGCUGGUCCUGAUACCAAUGGCUCACAAUUUUUCAUUACGACUGUGACAACAAGCUGGUUGGAUGGAAAGCAUGUUGUUUUUGGAAAGGUGCUUUCUGGAAUGGAUGUUAUUUACAAGAUUGAAGCUGAAGGAAAGCAAAGUGGCACUCCCAAGAGCAAGGUUGUGAUUGCUGACAGUGGUGAACUACCUCUCUGAAAUAUAGAUGCACUUCUCAAUUCUCAAGGUUGUGAUCGAGUUUUCAUUUCCAAUCCAUCAACGAGACUACUUAUGUUUUAUAAGCACGUACUUAUAGAUCAACGGUUAAUUUGUGAUACUCGGUAGAUGCUUGCCUCUAAUGAGAAGACAAAAGAUGGCAUUUAUGAACAUGAAA